UUUCAUUUUUAAUUUGUCUUCUUAUUUUCACCUCAAGAACCUACGACCAACCACGGAAAUAAUUGGAAUUUUAGGCCGUAAAUCCCUUUUCUCAAAAUUAUGGACAAUAAUCUGUAAUUUCAUUUAAUCGGAAAGGAUAAUCAGGACAUGCUGGUUUGUUGUAUUGAAAGUGAGAUUGAUAUCACCAAGCAUUUCCCAAAUUGCCAGGACGGAUUUGUUGGCAUCUGCGAGCGUGAACAGCGCCAGCGGUGUUCGAUGAUUAUUGUCGCCCAAACUCUAGGCGAGCUCAUCAUCGGCUGUCUGUCGAGCUGUCCCUUACACCGGGGUCUACACGAUCAUACAUUAUUUACAUAGCCUACUGACAAGUAACUGUGACUAUAAAUAGUGUGACUGUGAGUGAACUCAUUUCCCGCCAGUUCAGAAGUGAGUGAACUCAUUUCCCGCCUGUUCAGAAGCCAGUGAACUCAUUUCCCUCCAGUUCUGAAGAAGCGUCCCGGAUCGGACGUGAAACUACUACUACUGCUUCAAGUUCAACAAGACUGAGCUGAAUCAAGUCUCCAGGAACAAUGUCAAUGUCAAUGAAUGAAGUGGAAAGCAGAUUGAGAAAUGACUUUUUGUCAACCAUCGACGAUCCACAGUUUAAAGAUGGGUGUAUUUUCUGCAAGAUUGCACAGGGAAAGGAGCCAAAAACAAAAAUUUUGUUUCAGAACAAAGCUGCUUGCGUGUUCCAUGACAUCAGACCGUCAACCAAGGAGCACCUUCUCAUCAUCCCAAAGUCACACCAUGGCAACGUCAAAUCACUUGAAAAAUGCAAGAUACCUCUUGUUCAAUAUCUAUAUCAAGUUGGAGAGGUGGUGUUAGAGUCUCGAGGAGGAAAUAUAGCAGAUGCAAGAGUGGGAUUUCACUGGCCUCCUUUUAACACAAUAGAUCAUCUCCACCUUCACGUCGUCUACCCAGCCAAUGAAAUGAGCUUUCUUGGAAAAGUCAUGAAUAGACCAAACUCUUUCUGGUUUGUAACAUAUGAAUGGGCCCUCGACUAUUUAGAGAAGAAAAAAGACAGUCCUGAUGAGAGCCAGACUGAAAUACCGGUACCUGAAACACAAGAAUAGGAGAGCAUGCAUCACUGCCGCAUUCAAAGAGAGUCUAUAUUAUUGGCAGAGACAUCGCCCUGAUUGGUGCAAGGUAAACUCUGAUGACUUUGGAGAUCCAGUGUAGAAAGCAGAAUUGCCAGCGCUUCUACGAAGGCAACUCCAGUGCAAUUUCCACAGCAAGGGCUAUUGGUAUCAAAGACUGAAAAUGUCUCACUGCCAGCACUUUCUCCACCAUUUACACUGAUUUACUAUGUAUUAUUAUUAACAUUUUAUUUUGGCUCUUUCAGAAAUCAUCAACAAUUAAGAUGGCAUGUACAGUGCAAUAGAAAUGAUAGUACAGUGAAUAUUAUACAGAUAUUGCCUACCUAGAGUUUGAAUAUUACAUUUCCUCUCCCCGAUGGAGUUAUAUUUAUCCCGAAGCACGCAGCACUGAGGGAAAAUAUUCUCCCGAGGGAAAAAUAUAGCUUCAGAGGGGAGUUGAAAUGUUAUUUAUGAAAAAAGAUAGACCAGGCAAUAUCUGUUUCAUUAUAUAGUCUAUGUGGAUUCGCCAUAAGAGAUUGCAUUCAUCAUCUGGCUUUCUGAUUAACCCAAAAUUCUUGCUGCAACUCUGAUCCAUUUAUGUCAUAAUCGACAAAGUUUGGAAAAUACAUCAAGUGCUUUCUUCAUGCAAUCGACGCGUUAACACUAGUGCGUACAUCUAAUAAACUACCUGAUUAUACAACUAAGCAGCGAGUGACGUCACCUUAGUGAAUAUAACACCGCAAUUGACAAUACAACGCAGUUAUAUUCACUGAGGUGACGUCAAAAUGCAGAAUGUAACAAAUGCGAUCCUCGCAGCUAUGGUCACGUGAUGGCGCAUUGACCCAUCACUGAUUUGAAUCUACAUAACCUAUGUAAUAUAAAUAUUUUGUACACCUUAGUUUAUGUACCCAAUAGCAUGUAGGCAGGGUAUUAAAGGGGAAGUUCACCCUGAAAAAAACUUUGUU